GCCUGUGUUGCUUGGAAAGCUGUCCCCCUGCAAGGAUUCCUCCGACAGAGGUCUCGUGCCCUGGGGCGGCUAGGCUACGGUGUCCUCCCGCCCGGCUGUGCCCUGUUCUCCCCUUCGUGCUCAUCUGCCAUCUCUCACCUGGUCCCGAGAGGUCCGGAGGGCAUCAGUGUGGGUGACAAUGGUGGCACAUGCAGUGUGGAGAGUCCCCAAUGGUCCUGGCACCAUUGGAAUCCCGGCCACAGCACCAGGUGCCCACAGUCACCCCUGAGUUUGCACUGCGUGGAGAGCUAAAGCCCAAGUGACCGUCCGGGCUCGCCCCACUGAGGUGGGGGCCUGGUUGACCCGGCUCUGUCUCGUUCCCAAGCGCACCCUCAUCACGAAGCUAGCCGUGAAGGGACGAGCUGGACAGCAGACCUAGGACAUGCGGCACAGAUGUCGCGUCCUGUCCUGGAACACAGAUCAAAUGUGUUGCCAUGUAGUCCGGGUAUUCUGAGCAGCGGGUCUCAGAGGAGGCACCUGAUAGCAAACGACCUCUCUGCACUCAUGCUGCAGACGGAGCUGCUCGGGCCAGGGUCAGCUGGGGCAGGGCGAUGUGGCUCGUGACGCUCGACACACGUGGGAGGGUCCCGGGUGUGCAUCCGAGGGCUGGGGCGGGUACGCGUGUGUGUGUGAUCCAGGCUGGGGUGGAUGUGGUGUGAAGGGCAUACCUGUCAUAAGUACCCCCUUUAUUUCUCUUGGAAGAAAUAAAUACGCUUUGAGGGGAAAAAAUGGCAAAAAGAGGCGCUGUUUUUUGUGGCCGUGUGAGCCCGGAGCGAAAUGCCGGGCGGAAGCGGGAAGGAGCGCAGCAGCCCCCCGCCCGCCGGCCGACGCAGUGGCUGAGUCUCCGGGACCUUUCAUGUUUUCGUGUCUUCUCGGGCCGGUGUCCAGACUCCCUGGGUAUGCGGGUGCCCCAGGCCAGCUUCUGAGAGGUGAGCCUGCGCUCUCCUGUUGGCGCAUCUGUGAGGUCCCACGUGUGCUUCUUGCAAGGAUGUGUGACCGCAACGGCGGCCGGCGGCUUCGCCAGUGGCUGAUUGAGCAGAUCGACAGCAGCAUGUACCCGGGGCUGAUCUGGGAGAGCGACGAGAAGAACAUGUUCCGGAUCCCGUGGAAGCACGCCGGCAAGCAGGACUACAACCAGGAAGUGGACGCCUCCAUCUUCAAGGCCUGGGCAGUCUUUAAGGGGAAGUUUAAAGAAGGGGACAAAGCUGAACCAGCCACUUGGAAGACGAGGUUACGCUGUGCUUUGAACAAGAGCCCAGAUUUUGAGGAAGUGACAGACCGGUCCCAGCUGGACAUUUCUGAGCCAUACAAAGUUUACCGAAUCGUCCCCGAGGAAGAGCAAAAAUGCAAGCUGGGUGCUGCACCUCCGAGCUGCGUGAACGAGGUCACGGAGAUGGAGUGCGGGCGCUCGGAAAUCGACGAGCUGAUCAAGGAGCCUUUGGUGGACGACUACAUGGGGGUGAUCAAAAGGAGCCCCUCACCCCCGGAGGCCUGUAGGAGCCAGCUCCUCCCAGACUGGUGGGCACAGCAGCCUGGCACAGGUUUGUCGCUGGUGACGGGGUACGCUGCCUACGACGCACACCAUGCAGCCUUCUCCCAGAUGGUGAUCAGCUUCUACUACGGGGGCAAGCUGGUGGGCCAGACCACCACCACCUGCCCCGAGGGCUGCCGCCUGUCCCUGAGCCAGCCCGGGCUGCCGGGCGCCAAGGUGUACGGGCCCGAGGGCCUGGAGCUGGUGCGCUUCCCGCCGGCCGACGCCAUCCCCAGCGAGCGGCAGAGGCAGGGGCCCCCGACAGCGGGGCAGGUGACCCGGAAGCUGUUCGGCCACCUGGAGCGCGGCGUGCUCCUGCACAGCAGCCGGCAGGGCGUGUUCGUGAAGCGGCUCUGCCAGGGCCGCGUGUUCUGCAGUGGCAACGCCGUGGUGUGCAAGGGCCGGCCCAACAAGCUGGAGCGCGACGAGGUGGUCCAGGUCUUCGACACCAGCCUGUUCUUCCGAGAAAUGCAGCAGUUCUGUGACAGCCAGGGCCGGCUCCCCGACAGCAGGGUGGUGCUGUGCUUCGGGGAGGAGUUUCCAGACAUGGCCCCCUUGCGCUCCAAACUCAUCCUGGUGCAGAUCGAGCAGCUCUAUGUACGGCAGCUGGUGGAGGAGACCGGGAAGGGCUGCGGGGCCGGCUCCAUGAUGCAGGCCCCCGAGGAGCCCCCGCCGGACCAGGUCUUCCGGAUGUUCCCGGAUAUUUGCGCUUCACACCAGAGACCCUUCUUCCGAGAAAACCAGCAGAUCACCGUCUGAGUGUCUCGGGCAGCCCCUGCCUGCACCCUGUUGUGUCACUGCGACAGUGACUGUCAGGUCAUUGCGGCGGAUCCCUCUGACCGGGCGGGUGCUUUACUUUGUCCUUAACUCAGUAAGGCAUUCUCUGAGAGCUGGCACGGAGGCAGAGGGCCGCCGCCGGUGUGCGGGCGUGGUUGGAGACCGUGGACGCUUACACCGCGUGAUCUGGGAGCUGUGACUAUCCCCUGUGGCUAGCAGUGCUGUCUCUGCCUUUCCCCCUAAUUAUCGAUAGUGACAUGACUCCUGCGUUCAGGGCUAAUCGGCAUCUCCAGAGCCUUGCCGUUUAAUCCUGCUAGCAGAUAACUGCUUCAGGUAGAGGGUCUGGACUCUGAAACCCGCCUGUAAGAGCAGGGCUGGUUUUCACCUCUAUCUCGAGUAACAGGCUGACGAUUUCACAUGCGUGAUUCUAUGUGUAGUGUCUUUUGACUUCCAUUUUUAAGAGAGAUUUUGCCUAUAAAGUGAGAACUCACCCUCCAGGGGGAUGGCCAAGCUGCAGUCCCUUCUCCUUUCUCCUCUUGAGGUUUUGGGCACCCAUGCGUACAUGCCCAGCGU